UCUGCCAGCGAACUGUCAACAAGACGCGAACGGGAACGGCGAGCGGCGCGCCAGCCUUAUUAGUGACGGGACCUAGACCUAGUCGCACAUUCGUCGCUAGCCGCAGCCACGUCAACGCGAGUCGCUGAAAUCGCCUUCGACUAGCGCGGAAUAAACAGCAGCCCAGGCAAAGCCCAGGCCAAAGCCAUGGCCGUGACGGUGACCCAGGACGACGUGCAGGCCGCGUUCAACGCCAAGUUCGGCUGCGAGGUGGCCAUCGAGUCCUGGAAGCAGGUGUCCGUGAUGGAGGACGGCCGCCUCGGCUUCCUGGGCGACCACUUCAAGGUGAAGGCGCGCGCGCGCGUGCCCGCGUCCGCCGCCGAGGCGCGCGACGUGUCCCUGUUCGUCAAGGGGCUGCCCGAGAACGACAAGGCCCGCGCCACGGUCGUCAACACGGGCGCCUUCAAGAAGGAGGCCCUGUUCUACCAGCUGUUCGCCAAGGACAUGACGGCGGCCCUGGGCGGCGCGGCCGGCCCCGACUGCCAGCCCUUCGUGUUUCCGCAGUGCCACCUCGUCAAGGACGACUGCCUGCUGCUGGACGACCUGGGGCCCUUCGGCUUCGCGGGCAUGGAGGCGCGCGAGCCCCUCCCCCUCGAGCACAUCAGGCUGGUGGUGAAGGCCCUGGGCGAGCUGCACGCCGCCUCGCUGGUGCUGGAGGAGCGGCGCGGGCGCACGCUGCUGGCGCAGUUCCCCGAGAUCGGCUACGAGACCUUCUUCACCGACGACCCCAAGCACACCAACGCCACGUGGCACCGCGCCUCCAUCAACGUGUGCGUCGCCAUCGUGCCGCACCUCGACAAGUACCGCGACUUGGACAAGGACACCCUGGCCAGGAUCCAGGCCGCGCUGCCGCCGCUGCUGCACGAGGUGCUGCAGUCGCUGGGGACGUGGGAGGGCGUGCGCAACGUGAUGUGCCACGGCGACUCCUGGACCAACAACUUCAUGUUCCGCAAGGACGCGUCGGGCCGGCCCGUCGAGGUGGCCCUCGUCGACUACCAGCUCGCGCGCUACGCGCCGCCCCCCAACGACCUGGCCAUCAUGCUGUUCUUCUGCUCGGACCGCGCCUUCCAGGAGAAGCACUGGGCCGAGCUCAAGCGCCUGCACUGGGACUCGAUCGCCGCGGGGCUGCGGCGGGCCGGCUGCGAGCCCGAGAAGGUGCUGCCCUGGAGCCAGUUCGAGUCCGUGGCCGACAAGAUGUACAAGUACGGGCUGCUGCUCAUGGCCCUGGAGCAGCCCUUCUCGCUGGCGCCCAGCUCCUUGAUGGACCCCCUGCUCGAGGACCCCGACAAGUUCUACCACCACUGCCACGUGGACCGCACGGAGACCAUCAUCAACAUGUACAAGACGGACGAGCUGUUCCGGUCGCGCUACAACCAGACCAUGGAGCGCAUCAUCGACACGUACAUCCUGGCCGCCUGAGCCUGCGGGCCUACACUGUUACCUCCUUGUGCUGCCGCCGCUCCAGCUCCUCGCGCGCCUCCUGCAUCGUCUCCCACAGCUUGGCCUCGCUCAGGAUCUGCCUGCUGAGCUCGGCCACGGCGGGCUCGGCGUUGAGGUCGAUCAGGGUGGACAUGGAGUCGUCGGAGCGCAGCGCGCGCGCCAUGGGCAGCGCCAGCGGCAUCGGGUACUGCAGCGGCACGGCCCGCUUCUUGCCGCAGCCUGCGCCGCCAAGAACAACGCCAUGAGGACCACAGAACAAAUACUUUUUUUUUACAUUUAUAGUUUAUUUUUCUAUUGUCUUCCGUGAUGACAUGAGUAUAUAGCUAGGGCUUGAGAAUAAACGCUAAUUUAAGGAAAAAAGAAA